UAUGAACCACUUAAAUUUGAUUGUGCUCUUGAUAGCCACGCGGUGUCUGAUACUCCGCGAGGUUGCCGCGCAAACCGAGACCGAUUUUAGUUUGGCUGAAACUGUUUAUGCUAAAAUAUCUGGUGCAUGCAGAGCGAUCAUGAACCUGCAGAUUGACUCGAUGAAUAGCCAAAACGAUAUACUGAAAACAAUGAAGAUAUUCUUUCUUAAAGGCGAUGAAAUGACGAAUUUUCCUAUCGACACUGCUUACAAAGCCCUCAUCAAACCAAACGUGUUCGAUAUAACGAAGCAAACCAAAAUUAUCAUUCAUGGAUAUCGGGACAGUGCUCAAUCCUCAGUGUCACUAGAUUUAGCUAAAGCGUACAACGAGAAGAAAUUGUUUAAUGUUCUUUUAGUGGAUUCAGAAGAAAUGAUGAAUAAAAGAUAUAUGUUAUCUGUGCAUAAUGCCCGUUUAAUUGGCAAACGCCUGGCUAAUCUCUUGGCCAACUUGGAAGACUUCGGGGCGAGUGCUGUAGAUUUUCAUUUGCUCGGAAUAAGUUUGGGGGCGCACACAGCGGGGUGGGCGGGAAAAUAUUUCCAAAAGUACAAAAUGCGUAAACUGGGACGGAUAACGGGCUUAGAUCCGGCUGGACCGUGCUUCUCGUCUGCUUAUUCUGAGCAGCGAUUGGACAAAUUGGACGCUGAAUAUGUGGACGUGAUACACACGAAUAAAUUGGUGCAAGGUUUAUCAGAAGCUUUGGGGCAUGCAGACUUUUACGUGAAUGGCGGGGGGCCGAUGCAGCCGGGUUGUUUGAUGCCUUCCUGUAGCCAUCUGCGUGCGACGAAACUUUACGUUGAAAGUGUAGAAAUUCCUAAAUCGUUAAUCGGCGUACGGUGCAAAAGCUUGAAGCAUUUUGAAUCCAAUGCCUGUGAAGAUAAAGACUUCGCAGUGCUCGGGUACGGUUCUUCAUCGACGACGCGGGGUCUUUAUUUUUUGCGGACGUCAGCGAAUCCUCCAUUCGGCCUUGGUUCGGAUGGAACCAAAAAAAACGAGAGGUCAACGAACUCUUGGGAAACUCUCAUUAACCAAUUUUAGUUCAAGUUAUAACAUUUUAUUCUGAUGCCAUACCUAAUAUUUCGCUCAUGAGUGAUUGUAACUACACGUGGAAUAUACAAUAUCGAAUUAACUUCUUGUAAAGCGUUG